AUGGCAUUCCUCCCCUCCACCCCUCUAACCCUCACAGGCGGCUGCCACUGCGGCGCCGCGAGAUACACGAUCGCCAUCCCCGCCCUCGCGGACCGCCCACGCAUCCCCAACGCGCUCCCGACCCCCACCUCCGCAACCUCCUCCAUCCCCGCCACCUUCCCCAUCGUCACCCUCGACCACUGCGCCACCUGCCGCCACACCACCGGCGCCAUCGUCACCUGCUGGUUCAUCGUGCCCCCCUCCUGGCUGACCUGGAGCAUCACCACCAAAUCCGGCUCUGUCCUUGCAAACCAACCCACCGUCGCCGUCGUCGGACCCCGCCACGACACAUCACCGCCCCCCGCCAAAAACUCGACCAACGACGAAAACGAGACCUACGUCCAGCAAUACGCCGCCAGCCCCCGCGCCCUCCGCAGCUUCUGCGGCCGCUGCGGCACGAACCUCACGUACUACAAUUUGGACCGCCACGACACCCCCGCCGCGUUCGUGGACGUCACGGUGGGGAGUCUGGAUGACGGGAGCUUGGCGGUCGUGAGGCCCGAGAGGCAUGGGUGGUGGGACAGUGGGUUUGGGUGGAUUAGGGAGAUGCUGAGGUUUGGGACGGGCGAGUGGGUGAUUCGGAACCCGACGGGGGAUCCAGGCAGGAGGGUUGGUGAUGUGGAGGGGAAUGGGGAAGGGAAGGACGGGGCGUGGUUGGAGGGAGUGAGAAUGUCUGAUAGUGUAUGA